GAGACACCAAGCCCUGAGCAGGCAAAGCCAGCAGAUGCCAAUGGUGAGAAAGAGGAGGAGGAGGCCUUCCUCGUCAGCCUCUACAAGUUCAUGAAGGAGAGGCACACACCCAUCGAGAGGAUCCCACACCUCGGCUUCAAGCAGAUUAACCUGUGGAAGAUUUACAAAGCAGUGGAGAAGCUGGGAGCUUACGAGCUGGUAACAGGGAGACGGCUGUGGAAGAAUGUGUACGAUGAGCUGGGCGGCAGCCCGGGCAGCACCAGCGCAGCCACGUGCACCCGGAGGCACUACGAGAGGCUGGUCCUCCCAUAUGUGCGGCACCUGAAGGGUGAGGACGACAAGCCGCUGCCUCCCAGCAAACCCCGCAAGCAGUACAAGGUCUCCAAGGGCACCGAGAUGGGUGAGAAGAGCAGGAGGAGCAAGAAGGAGAAGGGGCGGGAGCAGGUGGCACCGGAGAAGGCAAAGCCUGAAGUGGCAGCCACCCCUACAGCCAGCAAGGAGGACCCAACAGAGGCCCAGGAGCAAGGCCAGCCAGCAGAGGGACGCACCAGCCCCACGGCCCCGGCCCCAAGCCCUUCUGCAGGGUGUCCCAGCACCUGCCGAGCCCACGCUGAAGCCUACAAACGCCUCUUCUCUAGCUUUUACUCCAAAGGCAACCACCCCAUCAUGUCUCCGCUGGCCAAGAAGAAGCUGCUGGCUCAGGUGAGCAAGGCAGAGUCCUUGCACUGCCUCAAACGCCACUGCCUGGAGGGCAGGGAGGUGGCGAGCAGCGCUCACCCCAACCCAGAGCCCAGCCAGCCAGCUGUCAGCCCCCACCUCAAAGAGCAGAGGAGCCCGGAGACACCAGGAUUGAAGGACACACCCCAGGGAGGCCGGAGCGAGGCAGGACCCAUCCCCAGCACAUCCCCUGGCAGGACGGACAGACAGCCUUACCCAAGAGCUGAGGACGGGGGCCCUGCGCCCACUGUCUUCACCGGCUUCUUCCACGCCUAUCGCAACGAGGUGCUGAAACCCAUCAGCUGCCACCCCUUUGGGGGAUAUUUCUCCAACUUGAAGGAUUUCUUGGAACCACAACCUGAGGACGCGGAGGCCGGCCAAGAGCAGCCCCAAGACCUGCGGAGCAAAGCGUGGAGCAGGGAGAGCCCGCAGCCGGCCGCCUUCGCUGCCGUCAAAGCCUGCUGGGUGCCCCCGGGGGCCGGCUUCGCCCCGCUGACACGGAGCCCCACAGCACCCACAGCCAAACGGAGCCGGGACGAGGAGGCUUUGGGCCCCAGCAGGAAGCUGCAGGUCGUUUCCCCCUUUCUCCACGAAACUGAAGGCAGGGACAAGGGCGCUGGCUCGCCCAGGAGCCACCAAGGAUUGGCCAAACCCAAAGCCAUCAUUCCCGGACCCAGCUACGCCGCUCCGCUCACCUCAGUGCCUCGAGCCCCAGAUGUUUACAAGGGAGCCAUGCUGCGCUUCCCAGUGAACUUCAGCAACUCCCUGGAGCACCUGAAAAACCAGGCAGCCCCAGCGGUGCCGUCUCUCUCCAUCAACCCCUUCAUCAUCCCUGCUUUCCCCAGCCCUGUGAUAGCCACCUCCGUGCAGCCCUCCGACCCCAGGCACUACCCGACGUCCUACGAGGGCUCACUGCAGCACCGGCUCUACCCCACAGCGACUUGGCACAGCCAGCACACCUACAGCACCCCACACACCUCUGCUUUCCACCGUAACACCAAGCUGUAGGGCUGCUGUCCUGCUCUGGAUCGGCCCCAGCCCCACAGAGAGGCGAGGCAGCACCCGGAUGCCAUCAGAGCUGCUGAGUCUCGUGGCAAAGAUGAGCUGGACAGUGUCAUUUUUACUCUUGGUCUUAGGGAUGUUUGUAUCUGACAUCAUACUCUGGGAUAUUAACUACCAAUAUCACAAGGUUAUAUAUAUAUUAUAUAUAAAAAAAAGGGAGCAAAUGAGUUGCAGAGGUUUUCUUGCUAGAGAUGCUGUGUCCCAUGCAGCUUUGUGCAGCCAACACAGUGGAUGUUUCCACCUCGCCAUGCUGUGUCCAGGCUGCCCUGCAGCUCCCUGGCACACAGCCUCUGCUCCCUCCUACAAAACAAUGCAAUUUUAGUUCUGAAGUAUGUUGCCUUAUAGCAGGAGCUCCUAAGGUUAUAAGGGGCUCAGGGGGCAGCAAGCAUCCACGGGAAGCAUGCUGGCUCCUCCAAAAUGGGUGCUGGAGGGCAGCAUCCGAAAUAAACCUCACUGGAUGGUCCCA